CCUUUUUGUUAGAAACCAAAUUCACCUUUGUUUCUUUUUCGUUCUUUUUUCCUCGUCAAAAAAAGAAAAAAGCUGCCUUUACUGCUUGGAGGCCACUAAGGCAAGGGGUGUGUGUGUGUCUGUGCUAGUAGCAAAAACGCACGGCUGGUACCCAAUUUACCAAGCCAGUUUCUAUCGCUUCAUAAAUCCAACCUACUGAUUUUGUUUAGGGAAAGAGCUAUGAGAAGAUCCCAUCUUUUCUACCUCGCUCCUCUUCUUCUAACCCUUUUUCUUGCUUUUAAUCUUCAGUUCCAAGCUCAUGCUGCUCCUGCAGGGCCAUUAAUUAAACACUUCUCUUCUUUUCUCAAAUGGACUGCUAGAUCAUCUUCUAAAACACCUCAAUCAGAUGGAAACGUUCUUCAAUUUGAAGAUGGGUAUUUGGUUGAGACUGUUGUGGAAGGAAAUGAAAUUGGAGUAGUUCCUUAUAAAAUCCGUGUCUCUGAGGAUGGUGAAUUAUAUGCUGUUGAUGAAGUUAAUAGCAACAUUGUCAAAAUUACACCACCAUUGUCCCAAUACAGUAGGGCAAGAUUGGUGGCUGGAUCAUUUCAGGGUUAUAAAGGACAUGUGGAUGGAAAAUCAAAUGAAGCUCGUUUUAAUCAUCCUAAAGGUAUAACCAUGGAUGAUAAAGGGAACGUGUAUGUUGCUGAUACCUUGAAUCUUGCCAUUAGAAAGAUUGGAGAUGCUGGUGUGACAACUAUUGCUGGUGGGAAAUCAAAUACUGCAGGCUACAGGGAUGGACCCAGUGAGGACGCAAAAUUCUCAACUGAUUUUGAUGUAGUUUAUGUUCACUCCACAUGCUCCCUAUUAGUUGUUGAUAGAGGAAAUGCGGCUCUCCGACAAAUCUCUCUCAACCAAGAAGAUUGUGAUUAUCAGUCCAGUUCGAUUACUGUUACAGAUCUCCUUAUGGUUGUUGGUGCUGUCUUCACUGGAUAUGUCACAUGCAUGCUUCAGCAGGGAUUUGGGCCUUCUUUCUUCUCAAAAACGCAGCAUUUUUCAGAGAGUGAAAUCCUAGAGCACCAGAGCAUGGAGAAACCAACUCCUAUCACAGGAAGCAUGAAAGAGGAACCUAGGUGGCCGUCUUUUGGACAGCUCAUGAUCGAUCUGUCUAAGCUUACACUUGAGGCAUUGGCUGAUAUGUUCCUCUACUUGAUACCUUCAUGGUUAAGAUCAAAUGGAUCCAGGAAAGGCCUUACGCCGUUGAAAGAUACCCUAAGGAUGCCUGAGGACGAAGUCGAGCCCCCAUCAGUCCACAGGCAGAGUAUUUCCGUUCCUUUGUCUGAAACCCGGCAGGUCCAUAAUCCCAAUGCAAGUGAUAAAUAUUCAGAAAUGAAACCACCAAAGAUCAAGUCAGCCAGCUUCAAGGACCCUUCUUUGUCAAGCAAGCACAGAUCUUCAAAACGCCAAGAAUAUGCAGAGUUCUACGGAUCAGGUGAGAUGCCUUCUUCGGGUAGAUCCAAGAGCCACAAGGAGAAAACGAGGCAUCGCCAACGGGAUAAGAGUGGAGAGGUAGCUCCUGCAGCAACUGGGGCAGAGCCAAAACCUGUCAAUAUGAAGCAUGUGGAUUAUGAUAAUCCAAAAUUUGAUCAUUACAAUAUGAGAAGCAAGUAUGGAUCCGGCAAUUCCUACCAAUUUUGAUCUGCUGCUACUCUUACUUAUUUACUCAUCUCCACUUUUCUUUUUGUAUCCUGUCAAUUAUUCUCUUAGCAUUUAUUCUAAAUCAAAAAACUGCUAAUGAGGAUCUGUUUAUUAA